CUUCUCUCACCGCUCACACAAAAAACUCCCACAAGUCUAUAGCCAUAUUCCACCGAACACACAAAGCAACCAAACCCUCUCUCUCUCUCUCACACACACACUCACAAACAUAAACGCACACAACCUUCAUUCUAAGCUUAUCACAACCUCGCGUUUGAGUUUUUUAUUUUUGGGUUUUGAAAUGGCUCCUGAGCUAGUUCCUGCUGCUGUGAAACCAGCUAGCUUUAGCAAGCCCGUACAGACCAUGUUGAACAGAGCAUAUGUGACUUUCCUAGCUGGUAAUGGAGACUAUGUGAAGGGCGUUGUUGGAUUGGCCAAAGGGUUGAGAAAGGUCAAAACGGCGUACCCUUUAGUCGUUGCAGUGUUGCCCGACGUGCCUCAAGAGCACCGUCGGAUUUUGGAGUACCAGGGCUGCAUAGUCCGUGAGAUUGAACCCGUUUACCCGCCUGAGAAUCAGACCCAGUUCGCCAUGGCCUACUAUGUCAUCAACUACUCUAAGCUCCGUAUUUGGGAGUUUGUGGAGUAUAGUAAAAUGAUUUACUUGGACGGAGACAUUCAGGUGUUUGACAAUAUUGACCACCUCUUUGAUCUACCUGAUGGGCAUUUUUAUGCUGUGAUGGAUUGCUUCUGUGAGAAAACAUGGAGUCACACCCCACAAUACAAGGUUGGGUACUGCCAGCAGUGCCCUGACAGGGUCAAGUGGCCCGCUGAGAUGGGCCAGCCACCUUCUCUUUACUUCAACGCUGGAAUGUUCGUGUUUGAGCCCAGUUUCUACACCUAUAAUGACCUCUUAAAGACUGUCAAAAUCACCACUCCUACCACAUUUGCUGAGCAGGACUUCUUGAACAUGUACUUUAGGAAUAUUUACAAGCCUCUCCCUUUAAUUUACAAUCUUGUCCUUGCUAUGUUGUGGCGUCAUCCCGAAAACGUGGAAUUUGACAAAAUUAAAGUGGUUCAUUACUGUGCAGCGGGAUCAAAGCCAUGGAGGUAUACAGGGAAAGAAGAGAACAUGCAGAGAGAGGACAUAAAGAUGCUUGUGAAGAAGUGGUGGGAUAUAUACAACGAUGAAUCAUUAGACUACAAAAAGCCAGUAGAGGUGGCUGAUGGUGAAGAGGUGAAAAUGCAGCCAUUCUUGGCUGCUCUUUCCGAGGCUGGUGCGGUUCAGUAUGUAACAGCACCAUCAGCAGCUUAGCUAGCUUGGGCAUCUAAGGAUGAAUUGGACACUAAAAUUACUCAGAAAGUUAGAAAUGCAGUUGAAGUGAGAGAGUUAAUUUGUUAAGAAGAAUAUAUAUUCCUUUUUUCCUUAAGAAGGAUGUGAAAAUGUGUCGGGGAUUAGGGAAUGGGAAUAAGCUUUUGCUUUGUCUAUUUUAAUCUUUUUGUUGGUGCCGUAGUCCUUUCCUAAAUGAAUGUUUAUAAUGUGUGCUGUAGAGCCUUGCAAUAGUUAAAUAUGAAUACAUGUGUUUUUUACUUGCC